UUUCGAGCCGCAGGUCAAGCCAUAGACCUUAUCAUAAUAUACCGCAGUCGCCGGCUCAUCAAGUGUUUUUUUUAAAGUCGUCUCCAAUAUUAUUACUGUUUGUUACUCGUCGUUGUAAAAAAAAUAAAAAAUGUUCUGCUUCACUGCAAUUCGUGCGUGUAGACCGUGUAGUCUGUGGCCGUCGGUUGUCACGGCCGCAAUCAGACGUCAAGGCCUGAACACUCGAAAUUCGCCCGCCACAGCCGCGGCACAAUCGCAAAGUGGCAUUAAAAAGCGCGUGCAACGCCGGAAGCCGGCCCUCGUGGAAGACACGGGCCAGCGACAUGGCUAUUGGUGCGUGUCGGCGUUCUCGACUGCCGAAGAGUUUCGGCUGGAACAACUGUCGGCGGCGCUGUCCAAAACGAACAUGUACGAGCCCACGUGUCUGUACAGUGGUUCAGACGACAGUGAAGAAACUGCACCGGCUGACGUCAUCCACGCCGUGUCCAAGUUUCACGUGACCAACGAGCCCAGGCAUUUAUAUUUUUUCCGCGAAGGCUCGGUGGUCGGAUGGAACGUGUCAGACCUCGAAGUCAGCAGUCUGAUUAAUUUUGUCGCUGAACACGAGAUCGGGUCCUACGACGACCACAUUGUCAUGGACGAGAGAGAAAGCAUGUAUUAUGCAUACACAAACGACAAAAAAAGUUCGAUCCAAAAAGGAAAUGUGUAUUUGAUCGGCAAUGACGUGACGGCUUCCGACUUGGACCGGUACACAUUCUCCAACGCGAUGGCGCAUAGCGUGAAGCUGGGCACAUGGGAAGCGCUGCUCGAGGAGUAUAUAGAUUCCGUCGAGGUCGUUACACAAGACCUACAAAAUGGACUGCCUAUCCGGAUCACCAGAAAAGAAGUCAUGAAAAAAACCGGUGAACUGUUUGGACUGAGACACAGGAUCAAUUUAAGUUCCGAUCUCCUCGAUUUGCCAGACUUUUACUGGGAACGAGAACACUUGGAAACGUUUUACCGUUCAACGUGUAACUAUUUCAGCAUAUCCACGCGUCUCAAGACAAUGAACGUCAAAAUAAACCAUUGCCUAGAACUCGUCGAACUCCUGUCACACCAUUUGAGCGACAAACAUCACAUUAGACUGGAAUGGAUGAUAAUCGUGUUGAUCAUGGUCGAGGUUGGUUUCGAAAUCAUUCACUAUGCUCAGUUGUUCAUCAAAUGAGCUGUUCCCGCGCGGGUUUCUUCUCAAUCUUUAAAAAUAUUAUUAUUUUCCAGUAAAUGAUUGAAUUCUACAGACAUUCGUCCUAAGUUAAGCACAAUCUAAAAUUAAGUUUAAUAUUAUCAUGCCUUGUAAAAUAAAUCGAUGAGUCAUAGUCCAUUUUUUGUUUUUGUACCGUGUAAACAAACAAACCUUUUGGCGGGACAUAAUUUAUCUCUAACCUACAGCUGAAAUCAGUUCGUUGAAUAAUAUUAUUAUUGACAGAAAUAAUAACAGAUUGUAUUCCAAUUCAAGGUUUCAUUCAAACACAACUGUUUAUUUUUAUAAAAAUACAUUACAUAAUCUUUUAAAAUAAAAAACAAUUACAAAGUAAAAUUCACUUAAAACAAAAAGAUGUUUACAUUUAUAUUUAAAGAA